UGAGAAACACGCGUCAGAGAACCUGCGGUACAGCCUAUCCGCAGUGUUGGAAUAUUCCUCGCGCUCACUCUCUGGUCAUGAAACUCCAAUCAAACGGAUUUAAAAGCGAGGAAGGCAAUUCUGUUGGGAAGUUGUUGAACAUUUGUUUUCCGAGAACAGUGGGGAAUAUGAACUCAAUGUCAUCAUCCUGCCGAAGAGAUAUCAUGGAACAAUGGUGCUUCUUUUAGAGUACUUUUAUUCUGCACCACUCGGUUUAGGAAGACUUUGGUGAAUGUGUUUCGUUUUCAACGGUUUCUUUGGAUUAUAUAGAUACCUGUAUCUCUAUCUGCAAUCUGGAUUUAGAAUAAUACCGCGGACUAUUCCGUUGACAGGGUGGACAUCACCAUUGACUGGAAUUAUUCAUCCCUAUCUGUAAUGCCUCUCUCAGUGAUGGGGUUCCUGACCUUCAAAGCCCAGUGAUGCUAGCCAUGAAUCACUACAACCUCUCCGGGCCCCCGGGGGCCCUCGACCCCCUCUCCAACCUCAGCCAGUGGGACACGGAGAUGGUGGAAAUGGAGAGUCUGGCUCACCAGGGGAACCUCACCUCGGACAGGCCCAUGUCCGGAGGCCCGAUUGCAGCCACUCUCUCCAUGACCCUGGGCGUCAUCUCCAACAUCGUGGCCUUGUUCAUCCUGGCCAACGCCUACUCUCACCAGCGCCGACGCUCCAAAGCCACCUUCCUCCUCUUCGCCAGCUCCCUGGUACUCACAGAUUUUUUUGGGCACAUCAUCCCGGGAGCGCUGGUCCUCCGGCUUUACCUCUCCGGAGGGGUGUUCCCCGAGGCGGCCGCCGCUUCCUCAAACGGCUCGACCGACCCCAUGUGCCAGUUCCUGGGUGGAUCUAUGGUGUUCUUCGGUCUGUGCCCGCUGUUCCUGGGCUGUGCGAUGGCCGCCGAGCGCUGUCUGGGUGUCACGCAGCCACUGCUCCACUCCUCCUUAGUUACCACCACCCGUACCAAGCUGUCCCUCUCUGGUAUCUGGCUGGUGGCCCUCUGCGUGGCCCUGCUGCCCUGUUUCCAGCUGGGUUCAUACACCUACCAGCACCCCAACAGCUGGUGUUUUAUCAAGGUCUUAGCUAACGAUACCCAGGAAGCGGACGUAGCCUUUGUUACGCUCUUCUCCGGGCUGGGCCUGACGUCGCUGGGGGUGGCCCUGGUGUGUAACACCAUCAGCGGGCUGACCCUGGUUCUGGCCAGGCUGAGACGGAGGCCAUCGGGCUACUCAUCGUCCCACAGCCACCGCUCAGUGGCCAAGAGCCAUGAUAUAGAGAUGGUGGUGCAGCUGGUGGGCAUCAUGGUCACGUCCUGUAUCUGCUGGAGCCCUCUGCUGAUCUUCGGGCUCAUGUCGGUGAUGCGCUCCUAUAGGGGCUCCAUUGAUAAAGCUGACAUGGCCACCUACGAGACGUUGAAUUUGAUGGGCGUGAGGCUGGCUUCCUGGAACCAGAUCCUGGACCCCUGGGUCUAUAUACUGCUGCGUCGGGCCGUCCUCCGCAAGAUCUACCUCAUCACCAAGUGCCAGGCCGAUUUGAAUGGGAGUGUGCUCCGACGGUGGGAGGGGAACUCGUUUCAGAGCAAGAGCUCGGAGAACAGUCCCGUUAACAGGAUAUGAGAUCAUAACCAAGCGCCAGGCCGAUAUGAAGGGGAGUGUGCUGCUACGCUGGGAGUGGAACCCCUUUCAGAAUAAAAGCUUGGAGAAGAAUACAGUCAACAGGAUAUGACUGUGUGACCGACGGUGUUCGAGUGAAUGCCAGAAGAAGACUGCAUUAGCCCACUAAGCUAAAGCCUAGUAUUGACCAGGGAGCCAAAGCAACUCUUUAGGUCUCAGGCAAGGUUACUCAUCAUGCAGCGAGCGUGGUCCUUGGUAGUUGUGGUGGUCACCGACAGAAAAAGAGGACAUUUCUGUUAUCACGUAUAGUGAAGGAUACGAUGCUCUGAAAAUGAGGAUUACAUGUUCUUCAGCCAUGGCAGUAUCUCUCAAUCUUCUUUAUCACAGUGACUGGCAAGCUAAGAUCAUCCUCCUUUGGAUAUCUCUUAAAUUAAAACUAGGAGUUGAGUACGGACAUACCUGGUGUCCGAGUACGGUCUAUUGGACCAGUCAGUCUGCAUUAUCCCACAGACCGAGAGUUGGGAAACACAAUACCCCACAGAUGGAGAGUUGAGAAACACAAUACCCCGCAGAUGGAGAGUUGAGAAACACAAUACCCCACAGAUGGAGAGUUGAGAAACACAAUACCCCACAGAUGGAGAGUUGAGAAACACAUUACUCCAGGUGGAGAGUUGGGAAACACAUUACUCCAGGUGGAGAGUUGAGAAACACAUUAUCCCACAGACGGAGAGUUGAGAAACACAUUAUCCCACAGAUGGAGAGUUGAGAAACACAUUACCCCACAGACGGAGAGUUGAGAAACACAAUACCCCACAGACGGAGAGUUGAGAAACACAAUAUCCCACAGAUGGAGCGUUGAGAAACACAAUACCCCACAGAUGGAGAGUUGAGAAACACAAUACCCCACAGAUGGAGAGUUGAGAAACACAAUACCCCACAGAUGGAGAGUUGAGAAACACAUUACCCCACAGAUGGAGAGUUGAGAAACACAAUACCCCACAGACAGAGAGUUGAGAAACACAUUAUCCCACAGAUGGAGAGUAACGAAACACAAUACCCCACAGAUGGAGAGUUGGGAAACACAAUACCCCACACACGGAGAGUUGAGAAACACAAUACCCCACAGAUGGAGAGUUGGGAAACACAUUACCCCACAGAUGGAGAGUUGGGAAACACAAUACCCCACAGAUGGAGAGUUGGGAAACACAUUACCCCACAGAUGGAGAGUUGGGAAACACAAUACCCCACAGAUGGAGAGUUGGGAAACACAAUACCCCACAGAUGGAGAGUUGGGAAACACAUUACCCCACACAC